GCAGCGUCCUUAUUGGUAAUGACAUGGCAAAUAGGCGUGGCCUCCUCCAUACCAUAUUGUGCAGCCUACGAUAGGCGGGUUUUUGUGUACAAGGUGAUGGCUCUGAAUGGCGAAGCUCCCCGCAGUGGGCGUGUGCAGUAACGUAAGCCCGCCUACUGUUGCCGGGUUGUCAGUCAGAACAGAAGCUGCUGCUGUUCUCGGUCUGCGGUGGGUGUGAGACUCUACGUUGUAGCUAUGGACCAAGCUCCGGUACCGAAUCCCGUCCGUCUGUAUGUGUACGACCUCUCCAGGGGCCUGGCCCGCCGCCUCAGCCCUGUCAUGCUGGGGAAACAGCUAGAAGGUAUCUGGCACACUUCCAUCGUUGUCUUUGAAGAGGAAUUCUUCUAUGGCGGAGGGGGCAUCACUAGCUGUGUGCCGGGGGGCACACUUUUGGGUGACCCAGACACCGUGGUGGAUCUUGGGAGCACUGAGGUGACAGAAGAGAUCUUCCUAGAGUACCUGUCUUCCUUGGGGGAAUCUGGCUUCAGUGGGGAGUCCUACCAUUUGUUUGAUCACAACUGUAAUACUUUUUCCAAUGAAGUGGCUCAGUUCCUAACAGGGAGGAAAAUCCCUUCAUACAUCACAGAACUGCCAUCCGAGGUCCUGUCCACACCUUUUGGACAAGCCCUCCGUCCAUUUCUGGAUUCUGUGCAAAUUCAACCUCCAGGGGGAAACAGUUUUAACAGGCACAGUGGACCAAGUUAACCGGGAUGGGCUGCCUCCCAGCGUGGGCUGUGCCUCCGCUUUUUAACUUAACACUUUUUAGUAUCUGUUCUGACCAUAAGUGUUCUUUGUUUCUUUCCAUUUACACCAGGCCUCUAUAACAUACAUAUUGUGAUUGUUCAUGUUUGGCAUUGCGUCAGAAAAGAGCUCCAUUAAAAGUUAAUAUAAGCGGUUUUUGGGUGGAGUACAAAGUGUUAACAAAAACCAAUCACACAGCCUGCUGCAAUCCAUUUCCUGGAUCCACCAAUGUCCUGAGAGGGCUAAUAGUUAUGCCAUACUCCUACAUCUUUUUUCUGCUUAGUCUGUAUGAAUCAAAUUAAAAAACUUUAGAUACAGCUCUUUGUGAAUGUCUUAUAUUCCUGAAUGUGCAGAUCUCUGGGUAGGCGCAAGAGUGUGGCGUUGGGGGCAGAGUAGGUGCAGUUGGGCGUCAUUGAAUGGCAAACAAGCAGCACUUGCAUGGCUAAUGCAGUGUUGCAUUAAAGGAGCUAAAUGUCAAAUUUUAAAUGAGCUGCCCUUCCCCUUAGUUUGGGAAAAUGCAUAUCUAUUCGACUGGUUAACACACAUAACCUAUGUAGUACACGUAUAACCUGUGUGGCAAGCCAGGACCUGAGUAUAGCUAAAGGAAACUUCUUAAGCCUAUCCCGGGGGGUUGCUAAGGGGAAAGGUGUGCUCCAUAAAUCUUCAACAUUUAACUGGCUGUGCUUCUUUACCUAUGACACAUUGGUGGAUCCAGAGAACAGAAAGUACGGGUAUGUAUAUGUGAUUGUUAUGUUUUUGUCUUUUAUUUUAACUCCGAAUACCCAAAAUUGAGAUGUGUGUGUAUAUAUAGUUCUCUGUGAAAUUACCUUUCAAGAAAAAUAAACAUAACUUUAAAGAAA